GGGGGGGGGGGGGGGUUGUGUGAGGUUCUUUUUUUAGUAUGCAUGGAUGGGUGUGGGGGAGGGUGUGUAGACGUGUGUCAUUUUGUGAGAGAUGCGAAUGAGAGCUGAUUCAAGGCUUCUGUAUUUCCUCUGCCUACUUAAUUAUGAUUUCUUUGCAUAACUGAAUAUUUUGUUGAAAUGGUAUGUAAACUAAAAAAAGGUGUGACAUUUUAAAGUUCAACAUUUACAUGAAUGUGGAUCGAUGGAAUGCAAACGAGGAAGCCAAUGACAUCACUAAAUAUUUCUUGUGUAUAUUUGGUGACAUGAAUUACUAAAUAUUCAUAUCCUCCAUCAGAUAAUGUAAAACUUUGUGUCAGCCAGCAUGGAACAUGGAAAAUUGUCAUAAUUUCAUUUAUAUUUUAUUUGAUAAACGCGAAAAGAAAUAGUGCGUUUGUGACAUAAUUGGCUGCCUCAUUUGCAUAAAAUUGUAUUGUGUACAAUGAGUAUUAGGUCAAAUCUAGAAAUAACUUUCUUAUUUUGAAUCUGAUUGUGAUAAAACUUUCAGUGCUAUGCUUGUCUGAUUUAAUAACUCAACUCGUUUUGGGCAUUGACUUCCUUUAAAAUAGGGAUUCACUGUAAAACUUUGGUAUAAAUAAUGUGUUAUAUUCAUCAUGUGCAUCUUAUGAACUUUUACUAGAAAUUGAAUUUACAGUCAUAAUACGAGCUGAUCUGAUUUCCUUCUGAUAUGAUUUGAUUACUGGGGAAGUGAAUUGGAGCUCCACCCCCUGGCAGCUAGGGGGUCAAAUUACUUCAAGAACUUAAUGCACAAGACCAAGGGAUUUCAUUCUCUCUACAAAGGUCAUUGAUAGACCUUGCACUGAUUUUCAGAGGGCAAAGUCCAGAACAGCUGCUUGCAUUUAUAUUUGAUGUGCAGCUCAUUGACAUCAAUACAAACUCUUUCCUGUUAACAAUUCAUUCUAGAGUUUACAAACAACUGGCGGGCUUUGAUCCCUUUCAAAUUGUCUUCUUAAUCUGUUAUGUAAAGUCUAUAACGACAGGAUAGACAUCUACUUUCAUUGUUUGAUGAUGAUCGUAACUCCUAGGCUGAGCUAGCUAGUCUAAAUAUGUUUCUACAGUAUGUAAAGAACAUUCGGUUGGUGCAGCAGAUGAGAUCUGCCAUUUCUGGUGGCCAUAUCUGCAACGCCAAUGAGCCAGCCAUGCUGAAGCAAGGCCUGUGUUGUCCAAUUCUGGACGGCAGGUGUCUGCAGAGGCACUUCUACAGCCUCCGCUCUCACGUGGUGGGCAUGGGAAGGGAGGCCAGCAAACCAAGAGCCAUAUCAAGAGGAUUACAAAGGCAUGCCCCUCUCAGCUCUUACACAUUAAGAUGCUCAGCUUACCAAACUUCAUCAGCACACCAGCAAUGCUCCCAAGAUCAGCAAUCCAUUCCGACCACAUUCAGUCGCUCUCACAGUCAAUCUUCCAUCUUAUCACCUCCAUCAUCCUCAUCUCCUCCACCGGCAUCCCGUUUGAUUUCCACCACCACAACAUCAUCAGGAGUGAGAGGGGUGCAAGAUGGUACCCCUAAGUACACCAUGAGCUAUGUUCAGGGGGGUUUGGACCCGCCCCUCAUGGGGAAGACUCUGGGGCAAUGCAUGGAUGAUAUGGCGGAGCAGAAACCAGACCACAGUGCCUUUGUCUUCGUCGAGGAAGGAGUCCGUUGGACUUUUAGCCAGUUCAGGGAGGAGGUUGAUCGUCUGUCAGCUGGUUUCUUGGCGAUUGGUCUGAAGAAAGGAGACAGGAUUGGUAUAUGGGCUUCUAAUACCUCCGAGUGGGUCCUGACCCAGUUUGCUGCUGCUAGGAUCGGGGCUAUUCUUGUCACCAUCAACUUAGCCUACAGACCCAAUGAGCUAUAUUACACUUUACUUAAGGCUGGUGUGAAGGCGAUAGUCUCUGCUCAGAAUUUCAAGACCCAGGAUUACUAUGAGAUGCUUUCCACCGUUUGUCCAGAACUGGCAACCUCGUCCCCAGGCAGACUUCGUAGCCAAAAAUUACCCAUGUUAGAGUCUGUCAUCAUGCUUGGAAAGGGGGAUUUCCCUGGUGCCUACAUGUUUGAUGAUGUCAUCGACAUGGGAACCAGCGAACACAAGGUCAUGGUGGAAGAUUGUGCCAAGACAGUGCAGUUUGAUGAUCCAAUCGCCAUUUUAUUCACCUCUGGUACCACAGGAAAUCCCAAAGGAGCGACAAUGACCCACCACAGACUCGUCAACAAUGGCUACCACAUUGGAUGUAGAGUUGGUUUUCAAGAGAACGACCAUGUCAUGUGCCUACCCAUACCCCUCUAUCACAUCUUUGCAUCAGUUGGAGGUCCAUUGGUUGGUAUAACCCAUGGAGCGACCAACGUCUAUCCCACAGCUGGUUAUGAACCAGUCGCUACCCUCAAAGCCAUUCAGGAUGAAAGAUGUACAGUCCUUUAUGGGACCCCUACCAUGUUCAUUGACAUGAUGAACCAGCCAGUGUUCAAAGAGUUGGAUGUGAGCAGCCUCUACUCUAGCAUCAUAGGGGGGGCCCCUGUCUCACCGGAACUGCUGAGACAGAUGACCAAGGGCAUGGGUUUCAAAUACAUUGCUGUUGGUUAUGGAAUGACAGAAAGUGGACCAAUGAUUGGUGUCACUAAUGAGGACGAUCCAGAAGAAAAGAAAUUAAACACGGUUGGAAAACUCUGCCAACAUAUGGAGGCCAAAGUAAUAGACCCAGAAACCAGUCAGGUUGUCCCUGUCGGUGUUCCAGGGGAGCUCUGCGUUCGUGGAUACUGCAAUAUGAUUGGCUACUGGGAGAACGAGGAGGCGACCAAGGCCACUAUCGAUGCCACUAAUUGGCUCCACUCAGGAGACUUGGCCACUCUGGACGAGGACGGGUACAUCCGAAUCGUUGGUCGUAUCAAGGAGCUCAUCAUUGCUGGAGGAAGAAACAUCUACCCGGUUGAGAUUGAAAAAUUCAUCCACACGCACCCCAAAGUAGAAGAUGUACAUGUGAUUGGAAUACCCGAUGAUAGACUAGGUGAGAAGGUGGUGGCCUGCAUCCGAGGGAAGGCCAAAGAGGAACUCACACAAGAAGAUAUCAUUGAUUACUGCAAAGGGGAGAUUUCUCACUACAAGAUUCCUAGUCAUGUAGUCUUCAUGGAUGUCUUUCCGAUGACGGUCAGCGGUAAGGUACAAAAGUUCAAGCUCCAGGAAAUAGUCAUUGAACAACUGAAAUGAAACAAUACCAACUACCAGAACAUUAUUGAGGACUGUCAAAUCUCUGCAACUACUCUUGUACCAUGCAAAGAAAUAUAAUUUUGAAAUAAAAAUGCAGAGUAGAAGUUGAAGAAGAUAUGGGUGAAUAGUAAGUAAUUUUUUGGUGGACAGAAAAAAUUUAUUUUAAUCUUCCAUGUGUACUGAAGUACAUGUAUUACUUGGAUUUAUUCUCCUUCGCUACUGGUAUGCAUUCUUAUGUUUUUUCACUUUGUGGUUUUAAGAAGAAGUUCAUCCUGGUAAAAAAUGUUUUUCUUAUAAAAGUAGAGAACAAAAGAGAUAUUAAUAAAAUCCAUCAAUCAAAAGUCAUGGAUUCUUACAGAGUAUUGAUUUUGGAUUGAGCAGCUCCCCAUAUUUCAUAUGAUCAGCAUUCCAUUAAAUGCCAUUUUCUUAAAGAAAAUAAAAAUUGUCUUAAAUGUGCAUUUACUAUAUCAUCAGACACAUCAUAUUUACUUGCUUUUGUGAGAAAAAGUAUUUUUCAAUCAUGAACCAUUACACAAUUCAAAUUUAGUGAAUUAAUGUCACACAUUUGGGUAGCUGCUUGCAUAUCACAUGCAAUGUCUAAGAAUCACAACUUUAAAUAAACAUAGUAUCAGACUCCUUGUAAAAACAAUUUUCCAGCCAUUCUUCUAAUAAAGUCUGAGCAAAAUGUAAGUUAUCCAAAUUUUUGGACAUUAUUCGGUGAGAGUAGAGUAAGAUACAUGUAUAUUGAAAUAUAAUUUAAUGAGUUUUUAUUUUGUUUCAUCAAUACAAAGUACAGCCCUUCCAAUUUAUUCUGUGAGAUAUGCAAACGUAAUCUGUAUUUUUUUUAACUGUUAUUACUUUUGUCUAGUUUUGAUGGUUUCUUAAAUCGUAAUUUCUAAGUGUAAAUAUGACAUCAGGUGCUUUUAUAAAUAAAUUAAUUACUACCAUG